AUGCGGCAUGUAGAGGAAGGAAGUCAAGAAGAACAGGAUCUUAGCAUAUUCCUCGGGACAAACUGUUGUAUUUAUCAAUUUACUCCUACCAGAACAUUGUCCAGGGCCAUGAACCUUCCCAGAGAACCUUUGCCGGUGCGGCCGGACGACCCGGACGUCGAAAUGGCGGGCGUUUACGAGUGCCGAACCAGGCAAAGUUCCGCAUCCUUCACAGCCCCCGGUUGCCGUGUAAGUGUCAUGACACCCGAAGUGACCACUGAUGGUAGCCACGGGCGCACUAGCUUUCAAGGGUUGAGAGCAGAAUGCCGGACUGCAGAUCUUGUCUGUCUUCCAAUUCAACUGAAACUCAAUACUUCACUCAGAACAAAUCAAGCAACUGAUCAAUCAACGGAGUUAAUCGACUUCCACGAUUUCGCCAUGCUAUCAUUGAUUAACCUCGUCUACAUCUUCUUUCAACAAUUUGUCAUCUUAUUUGGAAGUUGUCUCUGGUACUUUCAAAGUUACAGGUCAUGUCUGAAAGUUGAACAUGUGCAUCAUAACCCCGAAGAUCUAGUCGCAAAUAUUGAGUAUAAUGUGAGUCAGAAGCACAGUCUUCACAUGUCGGAUUGGAAGUCCAAUUCGACCGCGGCUGGCUGUAUUUUCACAUUCAAACUUUUCAACUACUUCACGAAUGCGCUCAACCAACCCGCAAACGGGGCAAGGAGCCAUACAACCACUCCGAAUCCACGCAUACAUCUCCACAUCCAACGGGGCCUUCUCCAGUCAAUUCGCUCACCAUACUUAUUGUUCUAUUCGUUCAAAACCUUCAUCAACAUCCGAUAUGGUGUAGUGGCCAACAUGAUGCCCUCUCAUUUCCGUGAGAGGUUAGGCAUAGCCCCGAGUUCGAUUCUCGGUUUCGGAAAUCUUUUGCGGUCGGCUCCUUUUUUGCCCAUACAACUACCUCAUUUACUGACUGAUAAUCUUGGCUUGGAAUCGACGCCGAAGCGUGACCGAUCGACGGUGCUCGUAAAGUCAUUGGAACAGGCUGGGUACCGGGAAACCCAGUCGCCUAUCGGCGUGAAGCCCGGGCCCGCUGUAGAAAAUCAGAACUUGGCAGCGGCAGCCCGGUCGCCGGCGUUCAAGGUGGAUAACGGAGAAAUGGACCGAGACCAAGGCACCCGGAGGCUUGGAACAAGAUAUAGCCAGCCACCGUGGUAUCCCGUGAUAUCGUCUGGCAGCCAUUCACCGGGGGCAGAAUGGUCCCUCGCAAGCGCCGCAGACAUUCGUAAACCAUCCACGAAAGCAAGCUUCGCCGGCGCAUCCGGUAAAGAUGAACGGCAGCGUCAACCCUCACGUGCACCGAGCCGCGAAAUGACCAAAGAAAAUCGUGACUACAGGUUUCAUGAACACCUUGAAAUUCGACGCGUCGACGCACUCGUUCGCCAGCCAGUUGAUGAUCGCGCCAGUCUUACUUGGGGACGCCCCGCGUCAUUCACAGUUCAAGCGCCAGGAACAAGAGACAUCCAUCCACUACAGCCGCUUUUGAGGAUAGAGUGGUUUGAGAUGCGCCGAAUAGGAAAGCAGAAGUCGAGAAAACGGUCCUCAUUCGUCGCGAGAGAGCUGCGGGAGAUCCCUUCUUGCGACCGGGCCGCGUCUGGCGAAAUUUUGAGAGUAAUCAUGAGUUCCAAUAUCCGUACUAUUCAUGUCAUUCAGAGCCUGCGAAGGCCGAAAGAGACUCGCCCUGGGACGGGAUUGCGCAAUAGACGUAACAAGAUAGAAUUCAGUAGACAUCAGACGUCCUCCGUGCGAGAACGUCUGUGUCCUAACGUGCGGAAAGGAUAUGCUGCCCGCCCUCUCCCAGAGUACGGAUACACGUUUCUGUCCUUCGGUCACGAACGUGAGAUGUUGACCACCCCAGCUUCAGCUAUGGGGGCGGAUGUCUCUUCUGCCGGAUCAAUGGGAACAACUCGGUUGGCGGAUCGUGUUGCUGCUGGGCGAUGGCCUAAUUGGGCGCUUCAGGCAGAAAGCCAGAACUGA